AUCGCCGUCAUCCCCGAUGGAAGGGGAAUAGAAAGGGUUGACCACUCUGAGAUCGUCCUUCAGUUGUUGAACGUCACUAGGGGAAGUGUUCUUCUUCUCCUCGGUCGCGACGGGGGCCAUGAUGAUACGACUUUGAAAUCUUUCAAGUCACCAGAUCUGUCCCUUGUAUAUAAGGUAGCAGGCGGAUGCGACUCGUGAUCUUACGCAAAGAAAGUCUCCGUAUCGCGAAUCCUGGGAUCAAUGUCGCAAUUUAGGAUAUCGAGUUCUGUGCAUGACUCCCUGAUCAUGACUUCCCAAUCACGCAAUAAUCGAAGAAAAGGAAAGCUGUUCGUGUGCUCCUUCCUGGCCAUGAGACUUGCAGCCAGGGUGACGAUAUCUGAGUAAUAUCUGGGAAAGAGUAAGAAGGCUCCAAUUGGCACAGGAGUGGGUCGUUUCCAGCUGUUUCUGGCUUUGUCUUACUGCUGAAUUGGUGGGAGAACCCGGAGAUAUUGACUGAGUAUAGAAUCUCGAUGUCGUCCAACUCCGGUGCCAGACGACAGCGAACCAGUGCUUUCGGGCCUUGAGAUGUGCGUUGGCGUUCACGAAAGACGGACGUGCGACUUGUGGGUGCAAGCUUACCAAGCUAUGCUCGCUACCUCGCUACCUCCAAGUGCUAUAUGACCGAACUGCAAAGGUCGCCUGUAGUGCAACGGUCACUCGAGUCCUCCACCUCCACCUUGUUUUGGCCCACCAAUAUCGACUCCACGCUUCUCCAACUUGGCCUUAACGGACUGCAAAGACUGCAAGCAGAGAGAGCGCCGAAGGUUGAUGAAGCGCUAGUUGUCUGUGAUGAAAUGAAUAGGCCUUCGUCGACCACUGCCAGUGCUGCGGCACCAGAAGGUCUACAAACACGCACUUUAGUCCACACCAUUUUAGCUUCUCCGGAUCUUCAGAAGUUGCUCAGCCCCAUCUCUUCGCAAGAGCCUACUGUCACUGCUAAUAUCACCCUCGAAAAAGCUUCCACUGCCGCACCCUUAAAUCCCGCUGAUAAGGCCCCUCGGACGCCACCAGAAAGUGACGCUGUUCAUAGAGCCGCUCAUAGAACUGAAAUGGAAACCGAUUCUGGAGAAGAUACCCCUACCUCAUCCGGCUGCGCAUCCGCAGCCGCACAAUCAUUUCACAAGCCUAACGGCGUCAGUGCUAUCAAGGCAUCGACCUCAUUUACCAACGCUAGCAAUGAGGCCAGCCACUCGAACGGUGUUACAAAUUCACUCUCUGUCUAUAUGAAGGAAGGUUUAGAACAAUGUCGAAAUUUCAUGUCAUCACUGUUAUUGGAGAAUAUCAGGCUUCGGAGCGCGUCUAAAAGCAAUGACUUCCUUUCCACUCCGCACACUGCGCCACGAAAUGUGAAAGACUUGCUUUCAGAUGACGUCUGCAAAGCGUUCCUAGAAAAAGUUGGGGAAGCGAAAUCUCAACUUCACUUGAGGGAGAAAAUCUGCGAUCACCCCCAUGACGAUAGACCAAAGGGGACUCCAGCAUCUCAUGUUGACUCCCGUAGGCGUAUUGAGCCCGUAGUCUCGACUGGCACAACAACAACAUCAUCUUGGGGAAAAUCACCGCAAAGGAAAUACCAAGAUGAUGCGCACCCGCGAACUGCUAGGAAACGUUCGCACCAGAGUGAUGAUGAAAGUGACCGAAAUUCUCGUGCCUCUCGUUCAUGGGUCCCAGAGUUCUACGACACGAGCGCUAGUUCCACGGCUUAUCGCGACCCAUCGCGUUCUUCCUCCCGCGAUCUAAAUCGACGUGAUGGUAGCCCUACCAGAUCUCAACACGAUACAAGAUCCCGCUCUCGAGAUACCACGCCUCGUGGGCAUUUGGAAGGCAAAAGCGAUGGUGUUCACCAUUCAUCCCCUAUGCUCAUAGACUCGGUGGAACAUCGGGAUGAGCGGAGGCACGAUGCUAAUAUAUUGAAUGACUCGCGUCAUUCAGAUAGGGAUGGUGAACAACCACAGUCUGGUGAAGAUGAGAACUGGGUGUCACAGCACAGCCUUGCCAAACCAUUGUCAGCAAAGCCAAGUGACACAGAUCCAGAUUCAACUCCACAUUCAAGUAUUUUGAAUGAUACCAGAGCCCCACAAACACCUCCAACCUCAAACUUAGAUUCCAAUCAAAUUCAAUCUCCUGAAUCAAGCUCAAAUGCUUGUGAUAUGCCUUGCCAUAAUGUGCCUGGUCUUUGGUUUCUCCAGCCAGCACUAUUCUCCCCUGGUGUUCUUGAAUGCAAAUUUUUCAUCGAUUUUGAAACUGCUCAGAAGUGGCAGAUUGAUUCAGAACCAGAGGAGAUGUAUUCAAACACAAGCAACAAUCCUGUGCUCAGGCUGAACUUGCUUUGUCUCUCAUAUGAGAAUGCCAAAACUGUUCUCUUUAACACUCCUCCUUUUCCAAAAGCACUUGCUGAUGCUGUCUGGAAUUGUUCCUCAAAGGAAUGGCCUGAACAAGGAACCUUGCUCAUUCAAGUUAAUCCGGGUCAGAAAUAUGGGAGAUCUUGGAUGCCAGCAGAUUUGUCACCGCAUAGCCCUCCUCUUGACAUAACAAAUUCUGUUGGUCUCGGGAUGAAUGUAAUACGGUGUAUCCAGUUGUCACCGGCAUAUUCCUUUUUCAUCCUGCAUGCGACUACAGGUGCAAAUCCAAAUUGGAAGGGCUUUGAGAAAUUUCUUGGCGAUUCAGGUCUACGCGACACUGGAAUCGACGUCACCGCGACGUCCGCGACAUAGUCAAUGGACUUGGCCUUGUUUAUCACUGCCGUUAUUUGUGCUAACCGUAUACCGGAUACUGUUCGGGGUACGUUGCGAGCUAGGCUGAACAGUCAGCGACAGAGACCUCUCUCUCUACUUCGGCCUAGACCAUUGCUUCCAUGAGCUCGGCGAACCUUAGUUGGGAGCUCGGAGAUUCUGUUCGAUUUCUUGAACGUUGGGCGAGCGUCAACUGUAAACUUG